GCAUCUUGAACUUGCGCAAAUAAACAACAAUCAACAUGUCGACCAAAGUACAAAAGAUUAUGGUUCAGCCCAUUAACCUGAUCUUCAGAUAUCUGCAGAGCAAAGCGAGAGUCCAGAUCUGGCUGUUUGAAAAGUCUGACAUGAGAAUCGAGGGUCAAAUUAUUGGUUUUGACGAAUUUAUGAAUCUCGUACUCGAUAAUGCUGAAGAAGUUACGACAAAGGAUCAAUCGAGAAGAUCAUUAGGCCGUAUUAUGAUGCGUGGCGACAAUAUCACGCUGAUACAAUCUGUAAAUAACUAGAAAAGAAGAAACGUUCUGCUUUUGAGACUCUCCUUUUCUUUUGUAUAUCAAUAAAUGAACGGGUCGAUUACGUUUGCUUUUCUACG